AUGACGGUCAGCUUGCGAACUCCAAGUAACACACAGCCCAACAAAGACAUCACUCUCAUAGAGUCGUUCAAAAUUGAUCUCGACAGGCACGUCACAGAAGCAUACAGGGGCGUCCUUGGGGUAAAAUACGAAUACUUCAUCGUCACCAUCGUGAUCAUUAACAACUCGUCUAGACGCGAGCUGCAGGAAGCGUUGUUACACGUAAAAGAACUGUUCUUGCGUAGACAAGUUUGUUGGCACAGCACGCGUGGCGGACGAUGA